AUGGCAAGUGAAGUGCAAGUCCAGCUCUCCGCACUGAAAGGGGGGCAUCCUCCUGCAGUAAAAGCUGGAGGAAAGCGAAUUUCCAAAAAACAAGAAAUUGGCAUCUUGGAGAGACACACCAAGAAAACGGGAUUAGAGAAAACAAGUGCCGUUGCAAAUGCUGCCAAAAUACAGACGGUGGACGCCCUGAACGAUACGCUGGAGAAGCUCAGCCAUAAAUUUCCAGCAAUAAUGCACAUGGCACAUCAAAAACCCAGACCUGCUCUGGAGAAGGUCACUCCACUGAAAAGGAUCUACAUUAUUCAGCAGCCUCGAAAAUGUUAAGCUGGGAUGUAAAACACAGCCGUCUAGCCAACUGCCUCUAAUAUCUGAGAGCUUAGCAAAAAGGACCAACUUUCCACAGGC